GUCGAUAAAAGAUAUUGAAACAUUAGAUUUCUAAAAUCAAUUCGUAGUGAAUGAAUUUAAAAUUUCGUGAAAAUGGCUAAUAAAGGGAAUGAGAGUAAAAUUCCUUAUAUUAUUGGCGACUAUGUGUGGAUUAAAAAUAAUUCAAAAAAUGAAUUCGAUGUUCCUGUGGGUUGCAAAAUUGUUAGUAUUGAUAAAAAGAAGAUACAAAUUCGUGACGAUGAUGGGAAUCUUGAAUGGGUGAAAGAAGAUCAAAUGAUAAAAUUGAUGCAUUCAACUUCCGUUUCCGGCGUGGAGGAUAUGAUAAAACUAGGUGAACUGCAGGAACAUGCAAUUUUGAAAAAUCUUCACAUACGCUACAAUCAAAACAUAAUAUAUACCUACACUGGUAGCAUGUUGAUAGCGGUUAAUCCUUAUCAAGUACUAAAUGUCUAUACUUACAAUGAAAUAAAUCUCUAUAAAGGAAAGAAAAUUGGAAAAGAACCGCCUCAUAUUUUCGCAAUUGGCGAUAAUUGUUUCAUGGAAAUGAAAAAUACGAAAAUCGAUCAAUGCAUUGUUAUCAGUGGAGAAAGUGGAGCUGGAAAGACAGAGAGUACAAAAUUAAUUUUACAAUAUUUAUCAGCAAUUAGUGGAGAACAUUCUUGGAUUGAGCAACAAAUUUUAGAAGCGAAUCCAAUUUUAGAAGCAUUUGGAAACGCGAGGACCGUUAGAAACGAUAAUUCCUCACGAUUUGGCAAAUUCAUUGGUAUUAUGUUUAAUAAACAAGGAAUAAUCGAGGGUGCAAAAAUUGAACAGUAUUUAUUGGAAAAAUGUCGAAUAGUAUCGCAAUCGAAGAGCGAGAGAAAUUAUCAUGUAUUUUAUGGUCUUUUGGCCGGUCUGACGAAGGAGGAAAAGGAAAAAUUAAAUCUCGGUGGGACACUCGAUUAUAAAUAUUUAUGUGGGGUUGCAACAUGCAGGGACAGAGAUGACGCUAAAGAAUUCGCUGAAGUAAGAGCAGCCAUGAAAGUUUUGAAUUUCAGUUACGAUGAUUUUUGGAAUAUAAUGAAACUUUUGGCAGUGAUUUUACAUUUUGGGAAUCUUAAUUACAAAAAAACUAUUACAGAAAAUAUGGAUGCAACUGUAAUAAACGAUGAUAAGAAUUUGAAGAUAAUUGCGGAAAUUUUACAAGUAUCGGAACGAGCUCUAAUUGACGCAUUAACAAAGAAAACAAUUUUCGUCCAUGGCGAACGUGUGUGCAGCAACAUGUCGAAAGAUCAAGCACUAGACACAAGAGAUGCAUUCGUCAAAGCAGUUUAUGGUCGUCUUUUUAUAAUGAUUGUUGAUAAAAUUAAUGCCGCUAUUUAUAAAGUAAAAUCGAAGGCAAAAAAUUCCAUUGGUGUUCUCGAUAUUUUUGGUUUUGAAAAUUUUGACAUCAAUAGUUUCGAGCAAUUGUGCAUUAAUUAUGCCAAUGAACAUUUACAGCAAUUUUUCGUUCAACACAUUUUCAAAAUGGAGCAAAAUUAUUACACCGAAGAGGGAAUAUCCUGGCAGCAUAUUGAAUUUGAGGACAAUCAAUCGAUUCUCGAUCUUAUUGGAAUGAGACCAAUGAAUAUUAUGGCCCUCGUCGAUGAAGAGAGUAAAUUUCCCAAAGGAACUGAUUUAACUCUAUUGGCAAAAAUUAAUCAGUUACAUGAGAAGAAUAAAAAUUACUUGAAACCAAAAUCAAAUCAUGUGCAAUCAUUUGGAGUUGUACAUUUUGCCGGAAAUGUAAAUUAUAAUGUCGCAGGAUUUUUGGAAAAAAAUCGUGACACAUUCUCCACUGAUUUCAAACAAUUAGUUUCAAUAUCGUUGAAUAAUUUUCUCAAAUCACUUUUCACCGAUGAAAUGCUAUUAAAUGGAACUGAAACGAAAAAAAGAGCUGUAACAUUGUCAUUGGAAUUUCGAACUUCACUUGAUUCCUUAAUGAAAACAUUGACAAUUUGUCAUCCAUUUUUCAUCAGAUGCAUCAAACCGAACGAUAAGCAAAUUCCUGGAAAAUUCGAUCGUGCACUUUGCUGUCGGCAAUUACGAUAUUCGGGAAUGAUGGAAACAGCGCGAAUACGACGUGCCGGAUAUCCGAUUCGCUAUGAUUUUGCGGAAUUUGUCGAUCGUUUUCGUGUAUUAUCAAAUGGCAUUUUACCAUCCCAUAAAACCAAUGUGAAAGUGGCUGUUGCGAAAAUUUGUUCCGAUACAUUUGGCAACGAUCAGGACUAUCAAUUGGGUGUAACGAAAAUUUUCCUCAAGGAACAUCAUGAUAAUUAUCUUGAGGAGGAGAGAAGUCGUAUUAUUAUUGGGAAUAUUAUUAGAAUACAGAAUUUUGUUCGUGUUUGUCUAGUUAGGAAAAGAUUUUUGAGAAAAAGAAAUGCGGCUGUGUUGAUACAAAAAAUUUGGAGAGGAUAUGGACCAAGGAAGCGAUAUUUGAGUCUGCACCAUGGAUGUCUUAGAUUACAGGCUCGAAUAAAAUCACGAACAUUAAAUCACGAGUACAAGCAAAAAAGAAAUGCGAUCGUUGCUCUUCAGGCAGUAUGUCGCGGUUACCUGGUACGGAAAUAUAGUAAAGAAAAGUCACAGUGGAAACAGAGAAGAAUUCAAGAGAUUCAGAGUCUUCGAAAAGAGGAGGAGAAAAUGUUGAAGAAACAGGGAAACAGAAAAUACAAGGAAGUGGCGGCAGCGAACUUUGAACAGAGAAUGAGAGAAUUGAAACUACAUCUGGAGGAAAAUGAGAAAAAAGAGAUAGAAGCACCUUCGAGGGAAUCAGAGUCCAGCAUUGACAGGAUCUUCGAAUUUCUCGAAAGUGAACCGAAAACGUCAAUUUCAAAGGACCUGCCAGGCGAUAUGUACGCGGAUUUGGCUCAAAAGGACAAAAGCACUAGUCCUGAACAAUCAGAUUUCCUCGAAAUUCCUGACGAGGAAGAAGUUGACGAAGACUUUUCAUUAUAUGAUUUUCAUAAAUUUGCCGCAAUGUAUUUUGUCAGCAAUAUUCCACCUCAAUAUUCACGAAGGCCAUUGGUCCAUUCGCUGUUGGAUUUGUCGCAUCCCUCGGAUCAAUUGUGUGCAAAGGCUCUAUGGAUAACGAUUCUGAGGUUCAUGGGUGACAUUCCCGAACCCAGAAAUCCGAUAGAGGCUCCCGUUAAUACUCCAGUUAUGGCGACAGUUUCUCAAACACUUUCGAAAAAAUUCUCUCGCACCAAAGAUUUUGAGAAUCUAAUUAAUCAGGAAAAAUCUCAGCACAUCGUUCGCAUGACAUUGAAGAGGAAAGAUAAAUUCCAGGAGGAAAUCAAAAGAGGAAUAAUAGAUGAUGAAUUUGUGGAUCAAGAUUAUCAGAAUUGGCUCAAUACACGUCGUUCCAAUUUAGAGAAGCUGCAUUUCAUCAUUGGUCAUGGAAUUCUGCGACCCGAACUCAAGGACGAGAUUUAUUGCCAAAUUGUCAAGCAGUUAAUCAAUAAUCCAACGAAGGCCUCUCACGCGAGAGGAUGGAUCCUCCUUUCACUCUGCGUGGGUUGUUUUGCUCCCUCCGAGAAAUUCCUAAAUUACUUGAGAGCAUUCAUUCGCACUGGACCGCCAGGAUAUGCGCCAUAUUGCGAUAAAAGAUUGAGUCGAACCUACAGGAAUGGCAUCAGAACGCAGCCUCCCAGUUGGAUCGAAUUACAGGCGACGAAAAAUAAGACACCAAUUCUUUUGACGGUGAUGUUUAUGGAUGGAAAUUCAAGGAAUGUCGAGGCUGAUUCGGCGUCAACUGCACAAGAAAUUGUCAACAGUUUGGCAAAUAAUAUUUCACUGAAAGAUACAUUUGGUUUUUCUCUUUUUGUUACUCUUUACGAUAAGGUCUUAUCACUCGGAGCCGGACGGGAUCAUGUGAUGGAUGCAAUUUGCCAAUGCGAACAAUAUGCAAGGGAACAGGGACAUUCUGAACGCUCAGCCCGAUGGAGAUUGUUCUUCAGAAAAGAGAUCUUUGCCCCCUGGCACGACCCAACUUUUGAUAAGGUCGCCACUGACCUUAUCUAUCAUCAAAUUAUUCGAGGCGUCAAGCACGGAGAGUAUAUCUGCAACAAUGAAAACGAUAUAGCAAUGAUAGUGGCACACCAAUUGUACGUGGACCACCAGAAUAAUUUGACUCCUGCGAAUUUGAGGAGCGCGCUACCUCUUUCUAUUCCUAAACACUUGCUCCAUGGGGUCUCUGAAAAUGUUCUCCCAAAAUGGGAGCAACUGGUGGCCAAAGCUUUUCAGAAGAACAUAAAUGUUAAUGAUAAUGCACCACCUGUGAAGGCGAAAGAAGAUAUUGUCUCAUUUUCGAAAAUAACUUGGCCAAUUCUUUUUUCAAAAUUCUAUGAAGUUUCCAAAAUAUCGGGACCAAAAUUAGCGACAAAUGAUGUUAUUAUUGCUGUGAAUUGGACCGGUGUCUAUCUCAUUGAUAGUCAGGAAACUCUUCUUUUGGAAUUAUCUUUUCCUGAAAUUGCUGAAGUCACCUGUCAAAAAAUGAACAAUGCUUUUAUACACAAUCUCAUAUUGUCGACAAUACAACGAGAAGAAUACAUAUUUCUAAGUUCGGAAGCUGAGGAUCUUGCUACUUUAAUUAAUUUUCUAAUUGACGGUCUAAAGGAGAAAUCACUAUAUGUUGUCGCAACUCAGGAUUACAUGAAUAAUGACGCAGGUGAAGGUGAAUCAUUUCUACCAAUGCAACGAGGUGAUUUGAUAAAACUUGCUGGCGAUUGUAAUGGAUAUACAAUAAUGAAUUCAGUUUGGGGCUACGGCGAAAAAUCAGGUGUCAAAGGCGAUUUUCCAUCAGACUGCGUCUACGUUCUUCCAACAAUGACGAAACCAACUUCAACAAUUGUUGAAAUAUUUAAGGCAGACUUCACUGGCAAGACGAAUUCUAUUCGCGAGGCGAAAGCAGUGAAAUCGAAAUUAAUUCAGCACACGUUGAAAAAAUAUGCGGCUGAACAUUUUCGUCCGGGAAUAAAUGUGACGAUUUCCCGUGGAUCGAGUAUUUCGACGGCGAAACGUACGGCGUCGGAAACAUUAUGGAAACAUACGAGGGAGCCAAUAAAAGCGCCACUACUCACAAAACUCGUCGAACAAAAUGAUCUCGCACAACAUGCUGUUAAUAUAUUUUCCAAUAUCUUGAAAUACAUGGGCGAUCUUCCAAGUAAUCGGCCGAAAAAUGGAACUGAAUACACUGAUCAAAUUUUCCGACCUGCACUUGAACAUCCUCUCCUUCGCGAUGAAGUCUAUUGUCAAAUUAUGAGGCAAUUAACAGAAAAUCGAAUCCGAUUAAGUGAGGAACGUGGCUGGGAAUUGUUGUGGUUGGCAACAGGUGUCAUGACCUGUAAUCCAAAUUUGAACAAGGAAAUUGUUCAAUUUCUAACAACGAGAACAAGUAUUUUAGCGGCUGAUUGCUUGAAUCGUUUGGACAGAACCAUGAAAACUGGGAACAGAAAGUAUCCACCCUACAUACUCGAAGUGGAGGCAAUUAGAUUCAAAAGCUUGCAAAUUUAUCACAAAGUCUAUUUUCCCGACGACUCCGACGAAGCUAUCGAGAUCCACUCAUCAACAAGGGCGUCAGAUGUUUGUGAAGAUAUUGUAUCGAGUCUUCGACUAAAAGGUUCAGAUGGAUUUAGUUUAUUUGUGAAAAUUGCUGAUAAAUUUUUCUCAGUGCCACUUUAUUAUUUCUUCUUCGAUUUUGUUCACGAACUGGUUGAAUGGGUGAAGAGAUCGAGACCAAAUAUUGGAACUGUACAGGCGCAAUAUCAAAUAUUUUUCAUGAAAAAAUUGUGGAUAAAUGCUGUACCUGGUAGAGAUGAGAAUGCCGAUUCUAUAUUUUAUUUUCAUCAGGAAUUACCGAAACUUUUGCGUGGCUAUCAUAAAUGCAGCAAACACGAUGCAAUUAAACUUGGCGCUUUAAUUUAUCGAAGUAAAUACGGCGAUAAUAAAGCCGAACUCACGGAAAUACCACACAAACUUAAGGAGUACAUUCCGCCUGAUAUAAUUAAUCUAAUGAGCUCCAAUGAUUGGAAAAAACAAAUCGUGUCUUCUUACAAUCAACAAACUGGAAUGACGGAACUUGAAGCGAAACGACAAUUUCUCCAGCACAUUUAUCAAUGGCCAACAUUUGGAUCGGCAUUCUUUGAAGUGAAACAAACGACUGAACCAAGUUUUCCAGAAUUAGUAUUAAUAGCAGUGAAUCGAAAUGGAAUUAGUGUGAUUGAUCCAAGAACGAAAGAUAUUCUCGCCACUUAUAAUUUCAAUGAAUUAUCAAAUUGGUCGUCUGGCAAUACAUAUUUUCACAUGACAAUUGGAAAUUUUAUGAAGGGUAAAAAAAUUCUCUGCGAAACAUUACUCGGCUAUAAAAUGGAUGAUCUCAUAUCUUCUUACAUCGAUUAUCUUCGAAAUAAUACAAAGCAAUCAAGUAUUAAACUUUAAAAGAAAAAUUUCUUUACUUCAUUUUUCAUAUAUUAAAAAAUUAUAGAUUAAUUAAUUAUGUGAAACGCAUAUAUAUUAAAAAUUGAAAAGUAAAUUUUAGAUAUAUCUAA